UCGCCUGCGUCGCUGUUCACAGGAACAGAGGACCAAGUGCAGCAUCCCUGUCUAAACCCAGUGAAGUCAACAGUGUUCGGAGGAUCUGAAGACAUGGCUGUUGUUAGUGGAACGUAUCGUGUGGUGUCCGAGGAGGAGCAGGCCCUGCGUGCUAAACUUGAGCACCUGACGGUCAAGGACCAUGGACCCGUAUUCGGGUCCUGUGCCAAGCUGCCUGACCACACCAUGCAAAAGGCUAAAGAUGAGCUGAACGAGACGGAUGAGAAGAGGGUGUCUGCAGUAAAGGAGCUGAGGGGCAUCAUUAAGGACAAGGGGGGGGAGGACCUGGGCAAGGGAGUGCUGGACACCUUUGGGGAUAAGCCUGACGGCGUCCUGCUCAGGUUCAUCCGUGCCAGGAAAUAUGAAGUGAACAGAGCCUAUGAACUCAUGAAGGGUUAUGUGCGCUUCAGGCGCGACUACCCCGAGCUGUUUGAGAACCUGACCCCUGAGGCGGUGCGGAGCACCAUCGAGGCCGGCUACCCCGGCAUCCUGUCCAGCAGGGACAAGUACGGACGCAUCGUGCUGCUCUUCAACAUCGAGAACUGGGACUAUGAGGAGAUCACCUUCGACGAGAUCCUGAGGGCCUACUGUGUGAUCCUGGAGAAACUCCUGGAGAAUGAGGAGACCCAGAUCAACGGCUUCUGCAUCAUUGAAAACUUCAAGGGCUUCACCAUGCAGCAGGCUUCAGGCAUCAAACCUACUGAGCUGAAGAAAAUGGUGGACAUGCUACAGGACUCCUUCCCAGCCCGUUUUAAGGCCGUGCACUUCAUCCACCAGCCCUGGUACUUCACCACCACGUACAACGUGGUCAAGCCCCUGAUGAAGGGCAAGCUGCUGGAGCGAGUGUUUGUCCACGGAGAUGAGCUAGAAAACUAUUACAAGGAAUUUGACGCUGAUAUUCUGCCUUCUGAGUUUGACGGUAAAGGUAACAAGUAUGACGGCAAGGCAAUAGCAGCAAAGCUGUUCGACUGAACAUGACCAAUGGGACCACACACACACACACACACCCCAGGGGAGAAAUGUAAUAAUGUUAUUCCUUUCAACAAAAUUGUAGGUUAAUGUGAACAGUGUAAAAUACAUCCAUGCCUGAGAGAAAGCUUUGACCAACUAACACACGAAUGGAAGCCGCACGAGAGAAAGCUUUGACCAACUAACACACGAAUGGAAGCCGCACGAGAGAAAGCUUUGACCAACCAACACACUCCUUCUAUUCAGCGGAAGCCACUUAGGGCCUUAAACAUCCACUGUUGUUAUUCACUAGCUGGUCAACUGCUGAGAUACAGAGCUCAAAGCACAUCUGGAACCUGACUGCCAUUGGGUCUAGUGGGUUUGCUGUGGACCAUUUUUAUUAAUAAACCAAUAAUAAUAAUUUGAUUAUCCAUAACUUAUUAAUAAUACAAUAAUAAUAAUUUGAUUAUCCAUAACUUUACAAAAGAACUGAGAAAUACGCCUUUCCCAAUGACGCUCCUGUUUGCUAAGUGGUUUUCUCGUUCUAAAACAGUAUCAGUCAUGCCCCUGAUGUGAAUUGCACCCCAAUAGUACAGUCAAGGUUCCAAAACCUUUUGUCCAGACAGUGAUGUCCUGGAGACCAAGUGUCUAUUAUUUUGUUUUGUUUUUAUUUGACUCCAAUGGAAAAU